UUAGUAUUUUCCUACCUUGUAAUUUUUAGCUUCUGUAUAAUUAUCUUUGUUUUGCUAUAUGCAUAUUACAUUCUCGAUGCAAUAAUCUUUUAUCUCCCUAAUGGCAAUAGGACCAGCAAGAAAUCUUUUUUAUCUGUAUUUAUCCAAGAAUAAUGUAUCAAAGUUGAGAUUUUUAUCAGUUUCUAGUGGAUUCCUGCAUACCCAUUUUGCAGAACCAAAAAAAAUUCAAGAUUUUGAUGUUUAUGGACACAGAAUACCAACCCCACCUCAGUUUUCAUCUUUAUGGUGUAAUCAAUGGAAAAGAUUGAAUCUUUUUCAUUUUUAUGGACACCAUUUUACCACAGUGGUGGAAAAUGGGGAUAAUGAAUUAGAAGUUUGUGAUUUGGAUGUGGAAGAGAAUGAGUGUGGAGAUGGAGGAUUAGGGUCUGAGAAAAGAUUGAAUUUUGUUCAAAUAGCUAGUCGUGAUCCGGUGGAAAUAUAUAGGGAGCUUAGGGAUGCUACCAAGUGUGAAAAGCAAACACGAGCUGAUUGGGAUACUUUGAUUGAGAUAUUUAGAUGUUUUGCUCAGUCUGGAUGGGCUUCGAAUCAGGCUCUAGCUGUGUAUAUUGGGGCUUCAUUUUUUCCUACAGCAGCUCAGAAGUUUCGAAAUUUUUUCUUUAAGAAGUGUAAGGUUGAUGUUGUUAAGUACUUAGUGUCGCUUGGUCCGUGUAUUGAAGCUGAGAAGAUCCUGUUUCCAAUCUUUGUGGAGUUUUGCUUAGAGGAGUUUCCUAAUGAGAUUAAAAACUUCAGGAAAAUGGUUGAGUCGGCGGAUUUGACAAAACCUCAUACUUGGUUUCCAUUUGCCAGGGCAAUGAAACGCAAGAUCAUAUAUCACUGUGGUCCCACAAAUAGUGGUAAAACAUAUAAUGCAUUGCAAAGUUUCAUGGAAGCAAAGAAGGGUAUAUAUUGUAGUCCUCUACGAUUAUUGGCUAUGGAAGUUUUCGAUAAAGUGAAUGGAUUAGGGGUAUACUGUAGUCUUCUUACAGGGCAGGAGAAGAAGCAUGUCCCAUUCUCUAAUCAUGUUGCUUGCACGGUUGAGAUGGUUUCGACUGAUGAGAUGUAUGAUGUAGCCGUUAUUGAUGAAAUCCAAAUGAUGGCGGAUACACAUAGAGGUUAUGCAUGGACGAGGGCUCUACUAGGAUUAAAAGCCGAUGAGAUACAUGUUUGUGGAGAUCCAAGUGUUUUGAAUAUUGUUCGCAAAGUCUGUUUUGAAACUGGGGAUGAGUUGGUAGAACAGCACUAUGAGAGGUUUAAGCCAUUGGUGGUUGAAGCAAAGACCCUUUUAGGUGAUCUCACAAAAGUGAGGUCCGGGGACUGUGUUGUUGCCUUUUCAAGAAGAGAGAUAUUUGAAGUAAAAUUGGCGAUUGAGAAGCAUUCUAAUCACCGUUGUUGUGUAAUAUAUGGUGCCUUACCACCGGAGACACGACGACAGCAAGCUACCUUAUUUAACGAUCCAAACAAUGAGUUUGAUGUCUUGGUUGCCAGUGACGCAGUCGGAAUGGGUUUAAACCUAAACAUUCGGAGAAUCAUCUUCUAUACCUUGUCGAAGUACAACGGUGACAGGAUUGUUCCCGUUCCUGCAUCACAGGUGAAGCAGAUUGCUGGAAGAGCUGGUCGAAGAGGAAGUCGCUAUCCUGAAGGACUAACAACUACUUUGCAGCUGGAGGAUUUAGACUAUUUAAUCGAGUGUCUGAAGAAGCCAUUUGAAGAAGUUAACAAAGUUGGGCUCUUUCCUUUCUAUGAGCAGGUUGAGUUAUUUGCGGGACAAAUUCCUAACUCUACAUUCGCCGAGCUGCUUGAUAGAUUUGGUGAAAAUUGCCGUUUGGAUGGUUCUUACUUCUUGUGCCAGUAUAACCACAUAAAAAAGAUAGCUAAUAUGCUGGAGAAAGUUCAAGGAUUAUCUCUUGAAGAUCGUUUCAAUUUUUGCUUCGCCCCUGUUAACAUUCGAGACCCAAAAGCAAUGUACCAUCUUCUGAAGUUUGCUUCAUCGUAUGCACAAGCUCUGCCUGUUAAUAUAGCAAUGGGCAUGCCAAAUUGUUCUGCUCGUAAUGAUUCAGAACUCUUGGAUCUUGAGACUAAGCACCAAGUGUUGUCCAUGUACAUGUGGUUAUCUAAUCACUUUGAGGGGGAUAAGUUUCCAUAUUUCAAAAAGGCCGAGGCAAUGGCAACAGGGAUUGCUGAGUUACUAGGUGAAUCACUAGCAAAUGCUCGUUGGAAACCAGAGUCGAGGAAUGCUGGGAAGCAACAAAAAGUGGUAAAGAAAGACCAAGGAGAAACCAAGGAACAGCUUUGUCUCAACACCAGUAGCCACAGAAGAUUGCAGCAUGAUACUGCUAGUUUAGCGCUUCGUGUACCAUAGACUAAUACAGGCGCCCAAGCAAAGCACGCAGUCUUGUACAGCUCCCAGAUACAGUAGACUAGAAUUAGAAUUAUAACAAGGAAGAAGAGGCAAGUUUCAUCCAAAUGUUAUCGUGUUAGGUCCUUCUGGAGGAUGCAUAAUUUUUGUCCUUGAACUCGUGCAUGUUUAGUCUGAUGCAUCAUGUUUAUUAAAGGAAUAAAAGAUUCAGAAGAAAGGGUAUCGGUGCUGCUUGUUGGUUUCACUUGUACUAGACUGACCUGUUCAAUCAUAAACUACUCGAGUGAAGCUGGAGAUUUAACGACUAUAAGAGUUUGUGAUUCCAACACAUAGAAGCUGCGUCAAAAUCUAGCAACAUCAAGCAGAGAUGGAUUCAAGAUUUGAACUUGAUGUGUUUAGCCUUUUAAAUAGUUAGAACUGAACUCAUUGUACUACAAUUAUGAGUUGAAUUUCAUAUUUUUUGUAAUUUAGUGGUUAUUCAUUCAUAUAAAUGAUGCAUCUAAUUUGAGAAUCGAGAGGUGGAGGAUUCUGAUGCUUAGUGUGUUUGUUUUGUUAGGUGAGCUAUCUUAUUUUAGUCACUUAAAACUAUUCGAUGAGUCUUUUAUGUUGUAUUGUGU